AUGGCCACGACCGCCAAUCUGUCGUCCAACGGCGACGACCCUUUCGUCAAUCCCAAUGCCACUCAACCGAGUCCGCACCGCUACGCUUCCUUCGACAAUCAAGUCUUCUCUCUGUACAACUCCAGCUCUCCAGCUCAGGCCAAGCGUGCGCUCGAGGCCCAUCUCAAGGACACGGAGCGCCGCAUUCAGGAUGCCUCGAAACUUGGCACCACAUUGUUGCAGCAGCGCAAGGACUUGGCCGCCCGUCUGAAGGAGGUCGAGGAGGGCGCAUCCGAGGACAUCACUCCCGAGCUGCAGAAAAAGCUGGAUCAGCUGGAGAAGGACUACACCGAGGUUGGCAAGGACUCGGCGCGUGCCUUCCUGCCCAAGUCGCGCAUCGUGUCAACAGAUUUCAGCGCUGCCCCACCGAGUCCUGCUCUCUUCGUUUCCGAUGCUCGACCUUCGCCCGUCAAGCGCAACCCCACCGAGGGCUCGCGGCGACAGCGCAACCAACCUACCAAUCGCGUCCAUGACAUCGAGUUCGCUACCGAGAUCAGUACCUCUCUUCUUGCCCAGGUCAGACAAUUACAGGCCGUCUUGGCUGAAAAGGAGAAUGCGCUCAAGGAUGCUACGACCGAGAAGGAACAGCUCGAGACGGACAUCUCCAGUCUGAUGCACCGCUUGCGCAUGUUGGAUGAGAGCGAACAGAAGUGCAAGGAUGAGAAUUGGAAUCUUGAGACUCAGAUGCAAGACUUGACAGCGCAAUUGAAAGAGGCGACCGACAAAGAGCAGCGUCUGUCGCAGCAGCUCAAGUUCGUCCAAGCCGAGAAGGACACAGCACAGCGUGACCUGGAGGACCUCAAAGCUGCCCAUGGCAAACUCAGCGAUGACCACGAAUCCGCCAAGAAGCACCACGAGGCCGAGCUCUUCACCUUGCGCCGCGAUGCCACAGGCCAUCAGACAGCCCGCGAUGCCUUACUCAAGAAGGUCGACGAGUUGACUUCACAGAACACCCAGCUGGCAAAGGCCGUAGCUGCGCGAUGGAACGCCGACAGCCAGCCUCAAGAUAGCCAGCGCUCGCUCGGCCGCGACAACGGCGAUUCCGAAGUUGCAACUCCUGAUGUCUCGCCGCAGAACUCGCCCGUCAAAGCCACUCCAAGACACGGCAUGCUCGAAACCGAAACCCUCAAGUCCUCGCUUACCCACGCCCACCGUAUGAUUCAGAACCUGAAGAACAACAUCCAUCGUGAAAAGACGGAGAAGUUCGAGCUGAAGCGAUUGUUGCAAGAUGCUAGAGACGAGCUGGACAACAAGCGUGCUGAUGGAGGCGUUGGCCCAUCUGUGAACAAGAAGCGCCGUUCCGACGACAGCGGUAUCAAGUUCAAUAAGGGCGCUCGCGCUGACAAGCUGGGAGCCGCAAGAUCUGCUAAGCACGAGAUCAUCAUGGAUGAUGAUGAGUGGGAGGAUCAGUCUCUGAUCGAAAGUCCUAGCAACUCUGCGACUCGCAAGAUUGCGUCCGGCAAAAUUGCACCAGGCAUUGUUCCAUUCGGAAACUUCAACUUCGGCAGAACUGCUGGUGCCUUUGGAAAGCCUGAGAGUGCCGACACUACCGACGCCUUCGAGACCGCCGAUGAACGAGGCACAACUGACGCUUUCGAGACAGCCAAUGAGGACGAUCACAACACCAACACAGAGACUGAAGGUGCUUUCCAGACCGGUGCCGAGACAAUCAAUGGCGACAGCAGCGAUGACUUGACCGAGACCGAGUUCAGCCCUAUCAAGAGCCAAGGUUCCUCGUCUCGACCUGUUUCCCGACCUGGUCCAUAUGCGACCAACAAAGCCGAGAACCGCCUGUCUUUCAUGUCAACAGCCUCUACUUCUGCCGACGAGUUUGAGGACGUCAAGACGCCUAUUCAGGGCCAGCAACCCAAGUACAAGCUACGCCUGAGCAAGGGUCGUCGCUCGAACAAUGGAUCUGCUCGCAAUAGCGCCAUCUUCGCUAGCGACGACAGUCCUGCCAGUCAAGCCAGUCAGAGGACUCCUAUUCAAUUCGGCCAGAGCCUCAGUGCUGAGCUUGAUGGUUUGAGUAACGAUAGCGACAGCGGCGAAGAAACGUCGACUGAUGCCGGCGUUGAGUCUGCUCCCAUGAGUCCUGAAACCGUCAAGAAGCCCAUCCUUGCAGAAGCCCCCAUCAUUACCGAAGUCUCAAGGCCGAAGAUGGUUGACUCUGCUAUGAUGACAGAGCCUUGGGAGCCAGAGUCCAAGUCCAUCGUUGGUGCUGCUGCAGGUGCUGUCGGUUCUGCCAUUGCUGGCGUGGCUGGAUUUGCACUUGGCCGUUCGACUUCCCAAGAUAACCAGACGAAAGCACUCGACGAGGCACCCAGAGAGAUCGAAGAGGACACUGUACAGGUACCUUCUGAGGCACAGCCCUUGAGCAUUGCAACCUUCUCGAGCACUCACACAGAACCUGUCGCUGCAGUGCCUGUGCCUAAAGAGCUUCCACAAUUCGCCAUGACAUCCUUCUCAUCUUCUCACACCGAACCAGUGGCCGCUUUCAUCUCUGUCAAGGAGGUUGAGAAGCUCUCCAUGUCAACCUUCUCUGCUCAUCACACUGAGCCUGUCACGGUGGCUCCUACUGUCACCGAGCUCGAGAAAUUCUCUAUCUCGCGAUACCCGGCGACACACACCGAGCCAAUCGCGCCGCUGGUCGAGGAGAAGAAGCCCGAAGUCUUCUCUCCGAGGAGAGAUGCGCUUACUUUCUCUACCGUCCGCAGUCAACAUUGGGAGCCACAAGUGGAUGAAUACUCGUUCUCUCCCCCCACGAACGGCUUGAAGGGUGACGACGUGUUCUUCAUGGAUGAUCGCGGGGCUCUUUCUGAAGAUUCGAAGAACAUUCCAGGCACUGAUGGCGUUCGUCCUGGUGCUGCCUUCCUUGCUUCCGGAACCCAAUUCCCUCCUCGUACUAGUAGUAGAGACGGACCGUUGGCUCAAGAACCCCGACUGUUCGGCGGUGCAAAGGGUGGCAACCAUGCAGAGCCGACACUAGUGUUCGCAGACGAGAACGACGCUACGCCCCAGAUCGAGCAGGAUAGCCAGUUCAGACAACCUUUCGCCGAGGUUUCCAAUAAUGUUGGCACUAGUCAGCGUAGCAUGUCGAACAAUGGUGAAAGACCUGUCAUGAAGCGCAUUCCCACUUCCGAGAUGGGAACACAGACCAUGGUCUCAUCGGACGAAAUCGACAAGAUGAUGCGCCGCAAGACCCCGUUGAUGAUUCCUGCUGUUAACAUUGACGAAGGCACACCUCUUAGACCUGACAGCCCAAGAAGAGCUUCAGAGACACCAUACGUGGCUGAAGUUGCCAACACCAAAGCUCCUCGUCGUCCUGCAAGCGCUGGUAGCAUGCACAAGAACCAUACCUCGCAACCUCCCCUUCCGCUGGACCACACACAACGUAUCGCUGCGGCUGCGGAAGCAAAAAACCUGCAAGCUGCCAUGCCUCCACCGCCAAUUCCUACUGGCUCACUCAACAAACCUCCUCCAUCACUCCGUUCGCGCACACCAAGCAUCAGCAAAUCUGUUCAGUCCGGACGCGGCACUGUCAACCGCGCUCUUGCACCAAUCCCUGCUGGACGCCCAGACCCCAUGUCGCCUACCACUCGCGCCAGUUCAAUUUCGAGCUUUGUUUCUGAGGUUGACGAGCGCAUCCAACCUGGCAGAGGCGUACUGUAUCCCGAAGACAUGUUGCCUGCCACUGAUCCUCGCAUGAUCCAAGCUAUCACUCAGACCAUGAUUGGAGAGUAUCUCUGGAAGUACACACGCAAGGCUGGUCGUUCUGAGAUUAGUGCUUCCAGACACAGAAGGUUCUUCUGGGUUCACCCUUAUACUAGAACACUCUACUGGAGCGAGCACGAUCCUUCCACACUUGGCAAGCAACAGUCAAAGGCGAAGAGCGUUGCUAUCGAAGCUGUCCGCGUUAUCUCAGACGACAAUGCGUACCCACCCGGCUUGCAUAGGAAGAGUUUGGUGAUAGUAACCCCUGGUCGUGAGAUUGUGUUCACAGCUCCCACUGCUCAAAGACAUGAGACUUGGUUCAAUGCGCUCUCCUACCUGUUGCUCCGUACCGGAUCUGAGCGUGAGAAUGAGGAGAUGACUCAGGAUAUGGUUGAUGAGUUCAACCCGACAAUGCGAAGCCAGAGUCGUAACACCGUACGCACUCGUAUGAGUCUUAGCAGUUAUAACAGCAGGACAACUCGCAACUCAUCACCGCAUCGCCCUCACGCUUCCGAGGUACCGUCACUCGCCAACCGACAAUCUGCAGCUGCAUCUCAACGAAGAGGUGCACAGACCCCUGGCCCGGACGGAUCUCAAGGACGUAUGGGCAUCAUGGGUGGCUUGUUCAAGAGUCCAGGUGGGAGUAUGCGUGGCAGCUUCUCUAGUAAGCGAAGCAAGAGUGCAAUGAGCACUCGCCGACCUCUUGAAGCGACGAUAUACGAUGCAAGUGUGGUUGAGGAUAGCACGGAGGAUCUGGGCAAUAUGCUUUCGGGACACGAGCACAACCACAAUGGGCUUGAGAAUGUGAGGGCGUGCUGCGAUGGUAAACACGACGUUGGAUCUUUGUCUAGAAGCACAGGACGACAUGUCAUGGGCUCAUUGCGACACACUCACACUAAUGGUGCAACUAUGAGCAACCAACACCUGACCGCUGAGCCUUUGCCUGCCUCGAACCGUCCGCGACGUGGAGAGUAG